AUGUCUACUGUUCCCCGCCCCCGCGGAGUCGGAGAGUCUCGGGAACAAUCAUCCACCGACUAUGGGUCCACCGACAUCAUCGAUCGUCAAGGAUAUCCAUUUGCGGUGCACCCUGGUGUAUGCGCCCUCGACCCCGCAUCACGCCAUAUACAGUGGAACCAAUCUGUGGCUUCUGUGGCCCUGUCGCCCGUGCUUUGCGAGGCGCCCCACAUCAGGAUGGGAGGGGGUAAAGAAGAUGUGCUUGGACGGCUCGAGACUACGUAG